AUGGCCACCACAAAAGUAGCGACACCGAGAGACGUAAGGCAGCCGCGUGCCGCUGCUCUCAAGGCCAUGACAUCCAUCCUCAGUCCGCCAAUGUCGCGCGACGCCUCGCCAGCCAACUCGUCCACAUCCAACAGUUCACGCGACCCGCCUGCUCAUGUCACAACAUCGACCCCAUUAAUCCAUCCCAUCCCCAUCCGCGCUACCUCAAAGACCUUGACCACCCCUAAACCGGGAACGCCAAAGUCUAAGCCGUCUACGCCCGGUCCCUCGGGAUCACGUACCCCGUCUCGCCCACCAUCCCGCACCGAACGCCGCUUCGCAUGCAUCUUCCCCGGCUGCACCAAGGCGUACUUUAAGCCCUCCCGCCUGGCUGAGCAUGCACGCACGCACACUGGUGAACGCCCGCACACCUGUACCGAGUGCGACCAGACAUACCUGCGCGCAUCCCACCUGGCGGCUCACAUGCGCACACACAAGAACCCGGAUGACAAAGAGUUCGCAUGCCCGCGCCCCGGUUGCGACAAGAAGUUUUGGACCGCGCCACACCUUCGUCGUCACGAGGAGAUGCACGACUCGGCUGAAGUACACCCGUGCGACAAGUGUGACGAGACGUUCCCCAAGACUCACCUUCUCCGCGAACACUAUGCGGCUGCGCAUUUGCCUGCAGGAUCCAAGCCGUUCAUCUGUGCUCACGAAGGGUGUGACAUGACGUUUGCGUUGAAGCAUCAGCUGAAAACGCACGAAAAGACGCAUGAUGCUACUCGGUACACAUGCUCUCACCCCGAUCACGGCGUGGAUAUGCCCACGUUUCCCGUCUGGUCCGCCCUCCAAGCCCACAUCAAGGACACACACCCUCCGACGUGCCCAUACCCCGAGUGCACCGGACGCACAUUCAAGUCUGGCCAACGCCUUCGCGACCACCUCAAAGUGCAUGAACAGCAGGAUGCCGACCUGGUGCAGGUGGACGCAAGCGAGGACAUGAUCGUCCCUCCGGUCCUCGCUGAGGGUUUGGGCACGUCGCGCCGUGCGAGGCGCAAACGUCGGUACUCGGACGUUGUGGCCGAUGACAACGAGCCCAUACCCGAGUCUCCGCGUAAGCUGCCCCGCAUCGUCGACGGCGAGGCAGGCAAGGACUGGACGUGUGGUCACCCCGGCUGCGGCAAGGCCUACAAGACCCGUUUCGCGCGUGACGAGCACGCCCAAGCCGCCCACUCGCGUGCCCGUCACAAGUGCGAGACAUGCGGCCGCGUGUAUCGCCGUCUCGUGUCUCUCCGCCGUCAUCUCAAGGAAGGAUGGUGUGCGCAUGGUGGCCAGCCGGAUGCCAUUCCGGAGGAAAACGAGGGCUCCGCCGACGAGCACGUUGGCAAGGAGGGCGCGGGAGGCGAAAAGAAGAAAGAGAAGGAGGACCAGGACGUCGGCGGUCUCUUCACUGGAUCCAUCGCCCUUCCCGGCGGCGCUCUUCAUCGCCGCUGGGGCUGCCCCUUCCACCCGGAGGAUUACAACGACGAGGAGGACGACGACGACGACGAGGAACAGGAGGAAGCAUGUGGUGAGCGCUUUCACCGCGUGUACGAUGUCCGCCGCCACCUUUCUGCGGCCCAUGGAAUCGACGUCGACGACAUGGGCACGAGGGAGAUGCUGCUCGCGGAUGGCCAGACGGGCGAGGAGGAGUGA